GCGUGGGGGAGGCGGGAUUCCCACUCCUUACCACAUGUCACAGCGCGGGGAAAGCCCCGCCGGCCCGCCGCUAUUAGGGCCCAGAUCCGCGCUUCCCGCCCGCAGUCCGCUGCCGCCGCCGAGCCGUGGCACAACUACCCGUGUGGUGCUGUGUUGUCCCACCGAGCCGUGCCCCACUGAUCUGUGCUCCACCGGGACGGGACGUGCCAAGCUGUGCCCCACGGAGCACUAACCCGCGCCUCAGGAACCGUGCCGAACCGUCGCGAUGAUGCCUGGCAGGACCCAGCGCAAGACCGCACCGCCCGCAGAGCGGGAGGUGAUUGUGGAGUGCGCCCUGCAGUUGCGCUGGAUCGGCGACAAGUGGAACCUGCGGCAGAAGAUCCUGAACCUCCUCAGGAAGCUGUUCUCCCCCGAAACGUGAUGUCCCCCCGGGACACAGCUCGCUAAGAAGCGGGGAAGGACCUUUGUGGAUUUGAAACAAGAGACUUCUCUAACACUAGGAGAUGAAGAGAGUUCUUUGCACUGUUAUUUUGCUGCCUGUAGGCACUCAGGGAUGGCUGUCGCCACAUGGUUUCUUUGAAGAAUAUUAUAGCAAUAUUGGUGUAUGAAUGCCAGGUGGAAAAAAAAAUGGGCAGAGCUUCCCACCAUGUGGUGGGGAGACUUGGGGCAAGACAAAACAUGCCCUUCUGCUUGCUCUGAGAUGACUUCCAGAACCUGGUUUUCCUGAAUGCCUUCUGGUCCUCACGUCCCAUGGCUACAUUUCAUCGAGGAGCUUGGACCACCUUUGGGAAGAAGACAAAAAUAGUGUCAGUGUCUUGGAACCUGGGGUCAUGUAUCAUAAGGCAAAAGCCACUUGCUUGGUUUCUGACUGCUUUUGCUUUCUAAUGCAUGGAUUCUGAGGGACAAGGAUCUGGUGGUGGGAUUAUUUAUUUCGUUAAGUAAACCACUAUCUUUACU